UAUGAACCCAAUUGUAUGACCAGCAAAACAAUCAUUCUUUUGAGAAUUGAGAAGCUCCUUCAUUAAGCCUUUCCAUUCCUCAUUUUUGCAUAUUCUGUGCUCCUAUUGGUCACCUUGGGUGUCUUUUUUGUCAUUCAUUUGCAUUCCUUCUUGCUUUCUUGUUUGGCAAUGCCACCAACACAUGGUGUCAAUGCGGUCCCUGAGAUAGGCACUGAUUUCAGCGCUGAUCAGGCUCCGAGAGAAUACAACGACUACGACUCGGCCAUCGGAGAUAUCGACAGGCGAUCCGAUCGAUACGGUGGCACGCUGAGAGAUACAGUCUUGGAGUACAGAGUCGAAAAUGGAAGGACGUACCACAGUUUAAAAGAAGGCAGUUAUUGGCAACCCAACGAUGAGGCAUCACAAGAAAGAUUAGAUCUCGCCCACAACCUGUUUGUCAUCACAUUUGACAAUCGCUUGUGCAUGUGUCCCAAGAAUGAAAGGGCCCGUUAUGUCUUGGAUGUUGGUACAGGAACCGGUAUCUGGGCGUGUGACUUUGCUGAUGAGCAUCCUGAAGCACAUGUGGUCGGCGUGGACCUCAGUCCGAUACAACCACACUUCGUCCCAACCAACUGUCGCUUUAUCAUUGAUGACAUAGAAUCCGAGUGGUUGUUUGACGACAAGUUCGACCUCGUCUUCAUCCGCAACAUGCUCGGCAGUUUCGAGUCGUGGCAAAACAUCUUUGAGCGGGCCUACGGGGGCCUCGAAUCCGGCGGAUACCUCGAGGUACAGGACUGCUGCCUCCCCAUCAAGUGUGACGACGGAACCCUGCCCGAAGACGCCGUCAUCAGCCACUGGUGUCAGCUGAUGCUCCAAGCGGCCGAGAGGGCAGGCCGUCCGAUCGACGUCACGCCCAAGCUCGCCGACCUCAUGCGGCAGGUAGGGUUCGUGGACGUGACGGUCAAGAAGAGGAGGUGGCCGCAUGCACCAUGGCCCAGGGAUCGCCAGAUGCGGCUCGUUGGAUGGUGGGCUCGAGAGGUGUCCAUAUCUGACCUGGACGGCAUGUGCAUGAAGCUGCUGAUGGAGCACCUAGGCUGGACCAUAGACGAGGUCAAAGAUAUAUGUGCAAAGGUGAAGGAUGACUGCGAUAACCUGAGGUAUCAUGCGUACUGGGACGUAUACUCAAUAUACGGGCGGAAGCCGGCAUAGGUGGGCAUAAUAUGUCGGCGUUGGGUUGAGAAAAAGGACAGAGGAAAAAAAAAAACAAAAUAACCACAAGACCCAAAAAGAUGCAAUGGGGUUGCUGACAGAGCCAGUUGAUGUUCGUCUCGAUUACACCUUGGUCCCAAGUUCGCAGGUGAAGACGGUGAAAAGCUGCCGCAAAGGGGGUUUGGGGUACAUUAACGCUAACCGCUGAAGCCGGAGGAAAGAGGCCCGAUUCAAAACCUUGGCCGGGUUUUUCAACCAAAAAAAGAAAGCAAAGCAUCAGAUAUCAAAAGCGCCAAGCUUCAUGCCCAUACUGCGAUUGGUGUGAAUCGAGUGACGACAAACGAGUGAGCUGAGGCAACAAAAAAAAAAAACAGGACGAGGCCACAGAGACGAGCUCAAUCGAGUUGGCUACAGCGGCUUGGCGCCCAAAUAUGGAAGAAAACUUGGGCUUGUAUCUGCAAGAGUAAGCGACAAUGUAACGCAUACGCGCAGCCAUCCUGCUUUUAGCAAGAUAGGUCUCCGUUUUGGGCGAGUCGUGAAGACAAUAAACAAGACAAUAUUUUGUUCUCCUCU